AUGGGUAGCGUGUUUCUGGCUGUUAUUGUCUUUGCCGAUGAUGCCACCGACUACUCCUGGUUCAUCAGCAUGACCGGACGUUAUCUGUUGAUACAUACCGCCUGCACUCUUAGCGCACGGGUGUUUUUACUGAACCAUUUCAAACGGAACCUUGCCAAAGGCAAAGCCGGGUUCAAUACGAUGAUCAUUGGUGGCAAUGAAAAGGCUAUUAAUAUCUACCAGCAAAUACAAAGCAGCCCCGUAGCAUUAGGUAAUAUCUUCAAAGGCUUUAUCUAUUCCAACCUGGAAGCGAGCAAUGGCAUGAGUCAUUACCUGCCGCAACUGGGUACGAUUGAUGAACUGGAAAGUAUCAUAGAUGAACACGAGAUUGAAGAGGUGAUCAUUGCGGUAGACUCUUCGGAGCAUCACCUGCUGACAGAUAUCCUUACCAGGUUUAGUUACCGCCCGGUAUACGUAAAAGUACUACCAGACAUCUAUGAUAUUAUUGCCGGUUCUGUAAAGACUAGCAAUGUCUAUGAUGUAGGCCUGAUACAUAUAGAUCCGGACCUGAUGCCCGACUGGCAACGUGUUUGUAAAAGAGGCAUUGAUAUUGCCGGCUCUAUGAUGGCUAUGCUGGUACUGAUGCCUGUCUAUUUGUUUGCAGCACUCCGCGUAAAACUAUCUUCAAGAGGAAGCAUUCUGUAUCGCCAGCAACGCAUCGGGCAUUAUGGAAAGCCCUUUUAUAUCUAUAAGUUUCGUUCGAUGUAUGUAGAUGCUGAGAAGAACGGCCCUGCACUGUCCAGCUCAGCCGACCCGCGUAUUACCCGGUGGGGCAAGGUGAUGCGUAAAUGGCGCAUUGAUGAGCUACCUCAGUUCUUUAAUAUCCUGCGUGGCGAUAUGUCAUUGGUGGGACCAAGACCGGAACGCAAACAUUUUAUUGAUAUCAUCUCUGAAACCAGACCUCAUUAUAAAUACCUGCAUAAAGUAAAACCGGGCCUUACAUCCUGGGGCAUGGUCAAGUAUGGUUAUGCAGAGAAUGUAGACCAGAUGAUACAGCGUAUGCGCUAUGAUCUGCUCUAUAUUGAAAACUGUUCCCUGGCAUUGGAUGUAAAGAUCAUGCUGUACACAUUGAUUGUUUUAUUCCAGGGACGCGGUAAAUAA